GCCAACUCAAAUCAUUUAACAUUAUCCUGGCAUGGAUCCCAGGGCACGGCUACACACGAUUUCUUCACCCUAGCGCAUGACCACCUACUGAGAUCAUGGCAGGUCGGUUGGCAAAACACUAGAAACCGAGCAGAUCAACCCGCUUCGAGUCUCACAGACAGCAUAGAUUGCACAAGAAAUGAACACUGCUACUCCAGUAAACGGCAACAUGAAGACCAUACAUAUUAUAAAUCUUCACAUUUGGUGCAUGAACGACUAACUUCUGCCCAUGCUAUGUCAGUUGAAAUUCCCCAGCAAACAGCAGCCACAGAGAACAAUGAUGAUCCAUUGCAAUUCCAUGAAGAUACUCAAGCGGUGUCUGAUAUUGAAGAUACAAUUGAAGCUGAUGAUGACGGUCCAUUCUCAUGGCAGAAGAAUAUUGUUGUUCCCUGUGACAAAGAGGAGGUUACGAACCAUCAGAUUGACGACGACGUGCUAAUGUACGACCCAGAGCCAUAUUGCAGUCAUGCUGUACAGGACACAUUUUCAAAAGAAACAGACGAAGUACUGGAGGAGUUGAAGUGCAACCUUUGUGGAAACAUUAUAAAGGGUGGGUUCCGGUACUCGUGCGUCCAGUGCCCUGACUUCGACCUGUGCGGCGCGUGUGAGGCGAAUGGCGCGCACCGAAUGCACUACGUGCUCAGGUCGCCUGGCACCAAGGACGUCAGCGAAGUGCAACUGAUGCUGCGCCGGAUCCGCCAGACGCUAUUGACCGACUCCGUCGUCUCGCUUCGCGACCACCCCGGCGAGCUGAAGGACGAGGUGAAAGAGGAGAUUGAGGAGGGACCACAGCCCGGAAUAGAAGAUGACGACCCUCUCUCGGACCAUGAAGCAGCGGAAAUGACUUCGCAGGAGUUAAAUUUGGAAGAGUGCUCGGACACAGAAUCGAUGGAAUCCGAAGAAGACGAACCCCCCCAGAAGAGAACUGCACUCUCUCCACUCCAGUCCCUCGAAACAUCGACUACCUUCACGCAUGAAACUACACUAAGAUCUACGGCUAAAGAAAAUCGGAUUUUACUAGAAAUAAAUCCCCAGGAACAACAAAAGAAGUAUCUACCAGUUCCAAAUGAAACCAAAAAAACGCCAAUAAAUACACCAAUACAACAACUGAUAGUCAACGACAUACCAAAGGAGAAAUCUCUACCAUUAACGGGAUUAUUACAGCACAACAAUUCUGAGACACGUGUGAGCAUCCACACCUUCACUGGAAAACGGGUAUUAUUGCCAAGUAAUAUCAUCGACCAGGACAACACCAACAUUAUUGAUCCAAAAAAAGUUCAGUUAGUCGUAAAAGAAACCAAAUCAGAGCAAUUGAGAAUAAUCAAUUUGAAUCCAAGUGUAAGAAUAGAAAGACUUGAUGUACAUACAUUAAAUAAAUAUUAAAGUGGUAGACCAACCCACAUCAAUGCU